AUGGCGCACAGUGAACUGCGUUUCAGGCUUCUGGUCUGGCUGUUCGUUCUCUUUGGAUCACUAGGGACGAUCACUGCCCAGGAGUCCUCAGGCCUGGGGUCCUGUCCAGACGGCUAUGUGCAGUUUGAAGGAGUGUGCUACCGGGUGUACAAGGAGUUCCGUACGUACGGACAGGCGAUGGGAAUCUGUGAAGAUGACGGAGGAACCCUCGCCAUGCCCAAGACUAAAUCCAUCGACGCGUUCUUCACGGGACUCAUCAUUGACAUGGGCCCGAUGACGGAUGCCUGGAUCGGUCUGAGUAACAUAGCCGGCACGUGGACGUGGCUAGACGGGAACACCGUGGACGGCUGCGGGUUCUCGGCGUUCGAUGACGCCAUCACCCUGAACACGGCGGGCCACUGCGGCUACAUCAAGUUCACGUCCUGGUACAAGUGGCACGAAGACUCGUGCGACGGAGUUCUGAAGUCUGGAUUCAUCUGUCAGAUCGCUGACAUGUGUACGGACCAUCCCGAUGGUGUGUCCAGUGGAGACACCUGUUACUUCGCCAACUCCGACUCGUACCAGACUUACGCGGGCGCCAGGGACGGCUGUACGGGAGCUGGGGCAUUACUGGCCAUGCCGAAAAACCCGGGGACUACAUUCAUGAUGAUGGGCAUCAUUAUCAAGUACAGCGCUAGCCGGUCUACCGACUACUGGGUGGGCAUUGACGAUCUGGCUGAGGACGGGCGGGAAGAGUUUGCAGACGGACUCCUGCUGGACCGGUGCUCGUACACCAAUUGGAUCGCCGGCUUUUCUGGAAAUGACGCGGAGAAAAACUGCGUCGCUUUCAAGUCCUCCAUGUGGAUGGAGUGGAGCUUCAUGGACUGUACUCGGCCUGCUAACUACAUCUGUCAACUGGGCCCUGGAGACAACGACGGCUGCAUUUUACGUACGUUUAACGUAGUUCACUUGUUUGUUCCCACCACCAUACCCCCCACGACCACGACACCACCGACAACGACCCCUGCCACCACCACGGCCCCGGACCCCACCACCCCCACCACCGCCGCGCCCGUGACCACCCCCCGGCCGGAGACCACCACCGUCCCGUCCACCACCAGUACCUUUCCUCGUGCGCCCACCAUCCGCACCACCACCGCACCGGACGCCGGGCAGCAGGGCAAGCAGGCGUCGGGCGUGGACCAGGGCGCCCUGGCCGGAGGAGUGUCCGCAGGCGUGGUGGUGCUGGCAGCAGUCGGAAUCGGCGUGGGAGUCGCUGCGUACAAGUUCAAGUGGCUGGCAAAGGUGUCACCUAAUGACAAUGAUAAGUAGAAAGCCCAAAACCGCUCGAACAUGGACCAUUCCCGAUAGAACACCAUAAGCCCCGCCCCCUUUUCUAUUUCAAA